AGGGCGGACGACGUGCACAUCACGGUGUCUAAAGACGGAAGCUAUUGCUGCGGUAAUACGGAUAUUGCACAGCAAUGCUGCAACAACAAUGAUGGAUAUGUCCUCGGAGAUGGCGAGGCCUUGCUGGCGCAAUCGGUCAACGCUUCAACAUCAGACACGACACUACCCUGAGCCACUGCCACGGGAACCGCCAGCUCGUCAGCAAAUUCUAUUUCGGCAACCACGAGCACGUCCUGAUGAUUUUGGCGCGUGGUUGAAAGAGUCAUUCUUCGAAAGCUCUAUGAGUCUUUCCCAGCGUAUGAUUGUUUCGUCGUUCAGUCUAACGCUAUUGCUCAUUGUGAACAGCUCCGGACGACGAACGGAACAAGAUCACAACUUGGGGGGAACUGGGUAGUGUAUCAUGGACUUGCCAAUUUCUGUUCUGGGGUAAAUGAUUUGUCGAAGCAUCCUCACAUCCCUAGUGGCCGGUCAUUCAGACGUAGCGACGGUCGCACUGGAAGCAC